AUGGAGGCACAGUUAACCGUGAAUGACCCUGGGGAGAAUUCAUAUAAUGGGAGUUUACAACAAUCUGCGGAUUUAGACCUGGAAGUUUCUAGAGUUUGUUAUAUUGACGGAGCUUGGAAAGAGGACGACAUAUUUACGGGACAAGGUUGGUUUUGCAGAAAGAGUGGAUCGACUGAUGUCAUGAUGGGGGCAAUGAAUCUUCGUAGAAGUUUGUCACCCUUGCAUGCUGAGUUUGAAGCACUAAUCUGGGCAAUGGAAUGCAUGAAGACCCUCCAAUUUUCUGACGUAGUGUUUGCAACGGAUUGUUCUCAGCUGGUGAAGAUGGUGUCGACACCUGAUGAAUGGCCUGCUUUCUCUACACAUAUAGAAGAAUUCAAUCGCAGUAAGACUUUCUUCCUUCAAUUCCGGAUCAGACAUAUCCUUAGAGCACAAAAUACCUUGGCGGACAAGCUUGCACGCGGUGCGAGGAGUUCUCCUUCAGCUUUGCUUUAUGUCGAUUCAAUCCCACCGGUUUGGCUUGCUAGACCGGUUGGAGUUUCUAGUUAG